UAAACUUUUUUAUUUGUUAUUAUCUUGCCAGUCAUUCGACUUUAUUGGCCUUGCAAAGAUAUAUAAAAGUCAGUGUUUUCAAUCGAUCGAAGUAUUCACUGAAAUACUAAAUAAAGAACAUGUUAUUCUACGCGCUUAGUACAAUUUACAGUGUUGCCGCAUUUGGAUUUUUCGUAACUGGAGAAUAUACGCUUCCUGUAUCUACCUGCAAGCAGGAUGCAGCUGAUAAUUCCGCCUGUUUAAAACAAGCUUUCGAAAAAGCAUGGCCACGAUUUGUUGAAGGGCUUCCAGAAUUUGACUUUCCACCUAUGGAUCCAUUAUUUUACGAAUACGGUACAGUUAUGCUUAAUUCUGGCGAGAUACGAGGAGAAGUAAUUAUGUCAAAUGUCACUGCCAUCGGUUUAUCAAAAGCUCGUAUUUCUAAUGCAAGAACGCAGUUUCUCUCUCAUGAUGUUUUUCAUUUGGAAAUUAGUGUACAAAUACCAGAAAUACUUUUAAAAGGUGUUGGGAAAAUAAAUGGUUCUUUAAGUGUAUUCAGAAUUACUAAUGAAGGUCAUUUUAAUAUAACCUUGAAUGAUGUCAGAGCAUUAUGGGAGAUAACAGGACAUGUAGUAAACGAUACAUGGAUUGUUGAAGAAUUCCAUAUCACCCCGUUAAUUGGAAAGUUUAAAAUAUAUUAUAAAGAUUUGUCCGAAAACAACAAACAAUUAUCUGAUUUUGUCAUAAAUUUUAUAAAUGAAUUCUGGCCUGCGAUUUAUCGAUCAGUAUUACCAAUCAUAAAUAAAGAAUUGGAAAAGUUUUAUAUUGAUAUAGCCAAUAGGUUAUUCGCAAAAGUUUCCUUCUCAAAAGUAUUUCCAUAAAAUUUAUUUCACAUCAUUACAGUGCAAAUUGUUUAUAAAAUUUAAAAUAUGGUUAAUAUUAUAAAUGCAAAAGUAUAAGCUAUUUCUCUAAUUCUGUGAGUUAACCUUUGUUUUCAAUUAUUGUUUGUGAGCAAAAUAAACAAAUAACUUAUAAAGUA